AUGGUCCUCACUCGGGCGCGGAAACGCGCCAUCGAGAGCCAGCAUCCAGCGCCAAAUAAGCGAAGGAAGCAAUCUCACUUGAAUAUUCCGAACGAGCCAGCGAGGGCCUCGGCGGAAAACACACCCCUAGGGAACACGCCCCCAGGCAGCGAAGUGGAAGAGAGCGAUCCUGUCGCGUAUUGGAUUCGAGAGAGUGUAUGGCCAUAUGCAUACGUCAAGCAAGAUCUCAAUGGCGACAAAAUGAACCGUAUACUCGCAAAGGUGAAAUCGGUGGCGAGUCGGAAGGGAUCUGAACCUGGCUCUGGAAGCUCUGAUACAGGAGGCCAGAACAAUAUCUCGUAUCUCCUUCAGCUUCAUGGAAGCUUCAUGGAGACGUCGGAAUUAGAUAUUGCUGAUGAAAGUCGAGACCUUUGCAUGGCUUUACUUGAUCAUGAGCAGAAGCCACCUCGCGAAUCGCUUUUUGAUGAUGACAUAUUCCAAAGAACAUGCCGGAGGGUUGCCAGCAGAAACGAGGCGACAGUAGUGCGAGACAUCUUACCAUUAAUCGUCCCCUCUGCAGAGAUUUUUGCUUCACGCACACCCUCGCUUGAAUGCCUGAUUGAGAGCGUUAAUGAAGUAUGGAGCAAUUCUCGGCCAAUACAUAGUCGUCCACAACCCGACUAUUCAGUUGGCUUCAAGCGCAAGGCCUUUACGGAAGAACAGCUAAAUAAAAUGGCCCCAAUGAUCGGUGACUUUAUUGCUGGAGAUCGGAGUCUUUUAAUGGCUACAUCUGAAAUGCAUUUUCCCUUUCUUACAUGUGAAGUUAAGUGUGGUGCUGAAGCUCUUGAGUAUGCAGACCGCCAGAAUGCCCACAACAUGACGCUCGCGGUGCGCGCGAUUGUCGAGCUCUUUCGUCUUGUGAACCGCGAGCGUGAAUUGCACCUUCAGAUUCUGGCAUUCUCCAUCUCCCUCGAUCACCGAAUGGUGCGCAUUUACGGCCACUAUCCCGUUAUAGAUGAGGCCAAGGCGAAAAUAGAGUACUAUCGGUAUCUAAUUCGCACAUUUGACAUUACCGAGCUCAAUGGCAGAGAAAGGUGGACUGCAUAUCGAUUUACUAAAAAUAUCUAUGAUGUAUGGGUACCGAUACACUUUGAGAAAAUCUGCUCUGCUAUCAAUCAGAUACAGCCAGAGUUGUAUAAUCCGGGCACUCUUGCAGAAACAGGGCUUUCUGAAGUGCUCGAAAGCAAUCAGCUAUCGCAUUCAAACGUCGAUGUUACAUCAAUGCGGAAUGGGAGGACAGCUACCCCGAUUGCUAGGGCCGCUGCGAAGAAGCGAAGAAGAGGCAGAUAG